AUGAGGCGAAGCCUUGGCCAGGCCUUGCCUCCUGAUGCACCAUGCAGUCCCUCCAUCGAGGUGGCGGGCCUGGCGGCGGGCCACUGGAAUGUAAAUUCAAAGGAGAAGCCCGGUGGACUUGGUGGACAGCGGCUGCCUCACCGUCCGUUGAAGAGCGUCUCGCUGAAGCUGGCGAAAGAGAGCAGUCCAACUGCCUCAACCCGCUCCAACUCUGCAGGCGCCGCGUUUGGCGACUUGCUGCUGGACGCCAGGCAAUGUGCCAGACAGGCAUCUCACUCCAGCGGGCCGCCUUCCCAUGGAAAUGAGGUGCCCACAACAACGCAAACCGUUUCCGCAGGUCCUGUUCCAUCAGGAAGACCCAGUCAGGCAAGCAGGAGCCGAGCAGGCGGAGAGAAGAUGGUGUCCACCGCUCCCGCAGCUGUUGGACGACCCCCUCCUCCACCAAAGAAUCCAGCCGCGAGUGAGGCCCUGACAUCUUCAAACCGUGCGGCUCAGCGGCUGCAUGCAGAUGCCAGGUCGCUAUCGAAAGAGGAGGAGGACGGCCUGACGCGUCCGAGCAGCGCAUCAUAUCAGAGAGCAGCCGCAGUCUAUGCGUCUUUGCCGAAAACACCAGGAGGGACAAGGACACUUGUCCCAGACGCUGAUGGUUUCAUCUUCCGUCCCAGCAUUGAGGCAGAGCCGAAACCAAUGCCCCGCGGACGACCGAGACCGGUCAGUCGUGGCCUCGCUUCGCUUACGGCAUCUGUGGCCAGAUCUCCAAAAGUGUCGCUUCACACCGCCAGCUCGGCGAGUGCUGAUGCUACGGUCGAGGAUGUUCCAGCUCCCCGAAUAGCUUGGAGCGAAGGCAUUGAGGAUGUCCGCCCAGAUGCAGCCAGUGAUGACAUGCUAGCGGCAGCUGCUCAGAUCCGACGAGAUUGGCUCGCGAGGCAACUUAUGGAUGACAACGAGGUGUCGGAGGCUUCGCAGGAGGAACAGGCCAGUGCAGCAGUGGCUGUGCAGUGGGGCACCGUGAUGCAAGAGCCGGGAAGGACGGAGGAUGGGCGACGAUCCUUGGGUGAACUCGAGAAGAGCUUAGCCAAGGCAAAGCAACGGGCAGAGAGAGGCCGCCGGGAGCUCGCUGGCUACUUGGAGACAUUGCGCAGCAAGACUUUUCAGGCUGACGAGGCAGAUAACAUGAAGGACGAGGAGCUUUUGGUUUCGCUUCCCGUGGAUUUUGAGGAUGUUGUCGACAUCAACGCCUCCCUCACUGCGGAAAGGAGGAAAUCUCGACAUCGGGAGCCAGGACCUCCGGACUGGAAGCAUUUCCAAGUUCUGUCGCCGAUCGCAACGCAACGACUGUUAGCUGUGGCCACUUCCGGGGAGGAGCAUCUGGAGACAACGGAGUUGCCCGCCUUCUUGGAGAAGUACUUCUUCGAGGAGAAGGCGGUUGAGGAGUUGCCAAUCGUGCGCCUGCAGGUGGAGGAGGCUGCAGGGGAGUCUGCUGUAGACAAGAUUGCGAGGCAGAUCGCGCGAUUAGAUACGCUCUUGGCGAGAAGAGAGGCCGACGGCAUGGCUCGCCUCAAGGCUUCCAAAGCUGAGCACCUCUGGCUCUUUUGGGUUGUUGACACGGACCCUCUGUUUGCCACGAAGGUCCUACUAGGAUCGAUUACAAGCUUUGCUGCCAUUGCAUACAUGAUCUGGCUGGUCGUUUCUUGGCUAUGUCUCUUUUCCUUUUCUAGGUCAGCUUUGCGCAGCUUUAGCUGCGAUCCAAGGCCACUUAGCUUGUUAUGGUGCUUCCUUGUGCAUGAGGUCGCAGAGCGCAGAAGAAGCAAGGACUUCUUCAUACUUCAGAUUUUUGCUCAUGUGGCGGACUGUCGGUGCAGUUUGAGAUGUCAUGUGCGCAUCUGA